UGGAAACCGUGCUCUUUGCUGUACUUCACUCUACAGUGGAUUUCCGUCUGUAUUACUGAACUACGUCCACCUUCGACUAGCCCUUGAGUCGCCAUGAACAAUCCUGUGUGCUGGGUUAUCCUGACCGGAAUGACCAUUCUGUUAAUUCAGCAAGGAUUGCCAGUCCGCAGCCAAGGGGAUUCCCAAUCCGAUAACAAAGUGAUGGAGAAUAUUACCAUCAGACAAGGAGAGACUGUGUUACUCAGGUGUUCACAGGGAAUUGCAGUGACGCACACAGCCUGGCUCAACCGGUCGAGUAUACUGUAUGCAGGAGAAGACAAGUGGUCGGUGGACCCGCGGGUGAGCUUGGCCGUCCUGAACGAGGAGGAGUUCACCAUCAAAAUCGAGAAUGUGGACACGACCGACGAGGGCCAGUACAUCUGUGCGGUCCAGACACGCAGCCAACCCCGCACGACGUCGGUCCACGUCAUCGUCCAAGUACCUCCAAAAAUCAUGAAUUUAUCAAAGGACAUAGCAGUGAAUGAAGGUUCCAAUGUAACAUUGAUGUGCAUUGCGAAUGGAAAGCCAGAACCCACAGUCACAUGGAAACUUCUCUCUUCAACUGGUCUUGUUUCGGAAGACGAGUACUUGGAGAUCCCGUCUAUCUCCAGGCAGCAGGCCGGGACGUACGAGUGCACCGCGGUCAACGACGUGUCCGCAGACGUGCAGACGGUGGAGCUGACCGUCAACUACCCCCCGUUUGUGACAGAGGGUCGGGAUGUGGGAGUGUCCCUCAGCCAGCGCGGGGUCCUCCAGUGUGAGGCUGACGCUGUGCCGGAGGCUGAGUUCGAGUGGUACCGAGAUGACAAAAGGCUUUUCAAUGGCAUGGACACCAUUGAGAUUGAAGCAGAUGGCAAGGUCUCGAUGCUGACAUUCUUCAACGUGUCCGAAUUGGACUAUGGCAACUACACGUGUGUCGCUAUCAACAAACUGGGCACCAUGAACACCAGCAUGGUUCUGUACGAAGUUAUUGAGCCCACUAGCUCAACGCUAUUGCAAGCCUUUUCACCGACGACUGACAAAACAGUCUUUUCUGAAGAAAUGACAUCUGCUUUAGAAAUGACAGCAUCUGUUUUAGAAAAGACAACUUCAACAGACUAUGCAAUAUGGGGAGGGCCCGGAGCAGUGCAGGAUGGGAACAGCGGCACCAUGGGAACACAAGCUUCCACCUGUCUACUUAUUAUUAUCGGCCUUCAGCUGCUGCUCAAGUUUUGAUGCAAC